CAUUCACGUAAGACUUUGUGGUUCUCUGGACAUGUCUUGUAGAGGUUGUAUGUGAUUGUUCCUUGAUGUCCCACUGAGGAAAUUGAUGACUGCAUUAAAAAAUUACACGAGAGGAAAGAGAAGGAAUUAUUGAAGGCAUUAGAAGAAGAAGAGAAAGCCUUUAAACAGUAGCAUAUUGAAUAAAUUACUUCAAAGAAGUGAAGGAAUCCCCUUUGUGAAAUGUGAUUAGAAUGUAAAAGUGUAAUGUAAAUGAAAUGAGAAGUGAAAAUGAGUAUGUAGUAUAUUGUGAUUGAACAAUAGGAUUUUUUUAAUGUAAUAUUGUUUUAAAUUAUUGAAUUAACAGACUUUGGAAAGAAAGUUAUAAUGGCAGGAUUUGGUGUAAUUGUAGAAUUUUCACAAUCAGAAUUCACAAAUGCAGAUAAUCUAAGCUGCUCUGGAGUGUAUCUGGGGAAUGGGUUUGUUCUCUCACAUGGCACAAUUAUCAUUGAUGUUAUCAAGAACAAAUUGGGUAAAGCCCUUCUCCAAGAAAUCUUAAGGAAAGGUUUUGUAGACUAUGAAAAAGAUGCAAUCUUGAUAACUGAAACCUUACAAGCAACAUGUUCAGAAUUCCAAGUAAUUUUUCCCACUGAACACAUAAAUAGUGUGAAAGAAGAGCUUCAAGCCCCAGUGAAGACCACUCCUGAUGAUCAAAGAUUCCUUCUUAGCUCAGCCUCCUCAACUGAAGCAGAAAAUGGAACUCGUGCAAGUCACUCAAGAGAUAAAACCAUUUGGGAAAAACCUAGCAAUUCCACUACAGCAAACUACAAAUCAAUGCAGACAACCCGUGGAUAUUCCUCCCAUCCAGCAUCCGUUGCCAUGGUUUUUCUCCAAGAUGGUAUAACGGAGAGCCUGUCUACCAUUAUGCCAGUUUCUCAGGGGUGGAAGCUAACAGAAGAUAAAGAUGAGAAUCUUACAACUCGGUUUGAAAGAAUCCUUCUCUCAACCUUUGUAGUUCUGAAAAUAGUGAAAAAUGGUCAGGAAGAGGUUGGGAAAGCAAGCAUGACAGAAUUAAUAUCUUCAGUGAAAAGAUUAGCGAACAUCACAACCAGGAGUCAAAAAGGAUCAGGUGUGUUUGUGGAGAGUUCACCAUUUGGAAGCUUGUCUCCAGAUGUAUUUCUGAAUUCCCUAAGCUAUGGCAUCGUCAGUAAUGUCUGUGGCAGUAAUGGGGAUGUGCUGUUAACAGAUGCUCGUUGCAUUAUGGGAUCAGAGGGAGCUCCGGUCUUUUCUGAUAAUGAAAAAAGAAGUCUUUGUGGGUUGGUUAUUUCCCCAUUUUGUUGGCGACAAGGAGAAUGGCUUGGGCUUACACUUGUGGCAUGUGCAUAUUCUAUCCUUACAGCCUUAAUGAACCAUUUGAAGUCUGACUCACAGGAAGAGAACAGCCUAGAGUUUACUAAAAAUGUAGAGUCAAAUAAGCAGUCUACUGGGCAACUUCAUGAAAUUUCAAAUGGCAUCAGCUCAGAGCUGUUUGAUGAUAAAAGCAGUGCUAUGUCUAUGCAGUUGUGUGAGAAAAUGUUGAAAAAAAGCAUGAAUGAAGGUUUUGCCAAGAUUGUGGACAGUUGCGUGGUUGGAGUACAGUGCGGUAGUGGCUGGGGGAGUGGUGUGAUAGUUAGCAAAACUCCUGGAGUCAUUAUUACUUGUGCACAUGUCGUAGCUCCAGCAAGUAGUGAUGCAGUCAAAAUUGUGCUGGCAGAUGGGUCAAAUCAACAAGGUCAGGUAGUCUUCAAGACUAGACCAGCCACCUUGACCACACAAAAUUCAGGGACAAGCAGGCAAGGAAAGAGUGUGUGGGACCUGGCCAUUAUUGUGACUGCCAAGUCUCUGCCUUCUUCCUUACCAUUAGCUACAGAAAUACCUCCAAAAGGCUGGCCUGUUGUGGUGGCAGGAUAUGGAGUAUUCUCCCCUCAAUAUCUGCCUACACCAACUCUGUCUCGAGGAAUAGUUUCAAAAACUAUAAACUUUCCUGCUCAGUCUCUUCAUCUGAGUGAAGAUAAGGACUUUGCAAUGGAGCAUUCCAGCAUUUCUGAGGAAACAAGUAUCUUAAUGAUAAGCAAAGUUAGGGAAGAUUUCACAAAUAGUAAAAUCAAAGCUGGAUUUUUCAAUCAAUCAUCCCAAAACCUAGAACCUCAUUGUGCUAGAGAAGAUGACAAAAAGCACAGUAUUGAUUCCUUUGCUGACUAUUGGACAGUAUGCAUGAAAAAUGAUAAGAUGGUACCACUGAUGAUGCAGACGACAUGUGCUGUAUAUGCUGGAACAAGUGGUGGGCCUGUUAUUUCACUCCACCCGCAGCAUGGUUUCCAGGUUGUUGGCAUAGUGGUGUGCAAUACCCAAGACACAAAAAACAAAGCUACUUUUCCUCACAUCAAUUUGGCUGUGCCUGCCCCUACAAUAGCAAGAAUAAUAGAAGAGUAUAUCAUUUCAGGAGAUAAGAAUGUGCUGAGCUACUUAGAUAUUGAAUCAACUGCAGCUUCUCAAUUGUGGGCUCUAGGUGUCUUGCCUAAAUCGAGUUUGUAAUUCAAUCACAAAGAUUUCUUGUCUGAAUUCUUGUAACUUCUUCCUGCUUAUUGAUACUGGAUUAUUAAAUACUUCUAAUGCAUCUUAUUUCUUUUUUCUAUGGGACCCAAAAUAAUUUUUUGAUGUCUCUUAUCUGACCUUUGAUUUCACAACCAAGGGCAUUUAUAGAGGAUUCUUGCAGUCUUAAAAGUAAGGAAUAUUUCUUAUUUGUACAAUAUGAGGCUGGUGCUGAUACAGUUAGUGCCUCAGCAUGAUGAUCUAUACAUGUAUAAAAGCACAUUGCUAUCCCAUUGUUCCUCAGGGAACCUUAUGACUAUUCACCUUCUCUUUAAAAUUUUUCUUCCUCUUAUACAUCACUUUUUAGAAGACAAAAUUUCCAUAUACUAUGAUGAAAGAUUAUUAAUUUGUCAUGUAUCCUCCAUAAAUUGGGGCUUCAAUACAAAAAAGUGGCUUAUAAACACCGCACAUUUAUUAGAAUAAGGUUGUGUGAUAGCCUUGGGUAUUUCAGACUUCUAUUCCUACAUCCAACAUUAUUGUGUAUAUAUAAAUAUAUUUGUACAUAUGAUAUUGUCACCAUAUCUGUUAUGGUCCAUGGUUUUCUGGAAUCAAUUAUCUGUUGUAUGUAUAUAUUGCUGUGCAUAUCAACUUUUGUAUUUCAAGAAUGAGCUUAGGUCUGAAAAUCCGAAGAAAUGCAUCUCUCCAGGGUGAAUUCAAAGAAUGUAAAUUGAUUUUCAAUUGCUUAAAUAAAUACCUUACAUGG